CACACUUUCACACACUCUGAAUCACAGCCUGGGGCAAAAGAAGUCUCAGGUGGGGUGUUUAACCAGUUCUGAACUUCUUACUUAUAAGAUCCGGUUUGGUUGUCCACAACCUAAAAACACACUCUGAGCCACAUCUUUGCUGCAUUUUUUAAAUGUUUUAUCCAGUUUUUUUAUUUCUCUGCAGGAUCAUACCGCAGAGAUUCAGUUCAACAACACAGAUCACAUUCUUAUCUCUGUGUCCCUGCAAACAGAGACCCUAAUAACACCAGCUGUAUUUAUUCAUGCAGUCUGAUCGGUUCUUGCAGCGCUUGGAGAAGGAUUUAUUAGUGCUGUUGAUAUUAAAGGAUUGGUGGGUUUAAAAACCCAGUUGAAAAUGGAUUGUUUAUGAAUUCAGUUGAAAAACAGUAGAUGUAAGUGCAGCUCUGCGCAUUGAAUGACCUAAACUCUAUUGUCCCAUUUCCACUGGCUCUAUUCAGCCCGGCUCCGCUCCACUCAGCUCGCUUUGCAAGUUUUCCAUUACUGUUUUUUUCUGUACCAGUACCUAGUUUUCUGGUCCCUGCUCCUGAGCAGGUACGACCGGGGCUGAGUCGGGACUACAUCUGACUACAUCUACAUCUGAGGCGGCUCGCUGUAUUUAAUUAACUACUUAAAUCAGCUGAUCACACAUAAAAUCUGCUGUUCAGAUGCACAGACAUUUACCCCCAAAAUACACCAAACAAUACUACCAUGAAACAGCGUGUUUGGUUUGGAAAUGUAUUAAUGUUCCUUAAGCGAACCAGCGUCUGCAGGAGGAGGGAGCAGCCAGAGAGCAGCUGCCCGUAAUCAGACUAAUUUCAUCGAAUAUCCAACUUAAAACCAACUUCACUGCAGUCAAAAGUCUGCAGUUUUGUGCUCUAAAGUCCUUGUCCUCGUUAAUGCCAUGGCCAAAACUACCUCAUAAAGCCCAACAUUUUUACUUCUUCAGGCAAACUCUGGAGCUUCACCAGUCCAGACAGCAGCAUCUCUCCUCUCCGCCGCCACAUCCCAUCGUCACACCUCUGAUGAAGACGGACAUUUUGUGUUGAAACAUGUCAUCACCAACAGCGCACUACACUGACGGCUGGAGACGGGUCUUCAAGCCAUAGCUCCAGCCAUCAGUGGGUCUGUGGAAACACAACAGGUUCUGUAGAGCGAACCCGAGUGCAGUGGAGCGGAGCCACAGCGCCAGUAGAAAAGGGGCAAAUGAUGGGCAUUUUAAAAUUAAACAAAGGGAAGAAAAGAGAAAGAGAGCUUACGUUAUACCUGAGGUAGUUCGACUUGUUACUGUUGAAGCUUUGUUUCCCGGGUUUAUCGGAGUCUGCUUUAUUGCCAUGUUUAUACAGACAAAACAAGGAAGUUGACUCCGGUACACUUUGGUUAAUGGUUUCAAGUUUGGCAGAACAAAAGAGUUUUAAACUUCUUGCUUACAGCAGCGGUGAAAAUGCGAAGAACUCGUUCAGAGCAAACCCUAGCACCAGUUCAGCACUGGGAACCGGUUCAUGCUGCUAUCUGGACUGGUAAAAAACCUGCUUGCUGUGUUUAUACUGCAAGUGGCAGAAAUUUGCUUGCAGCUGUUAAAAUCAUCCUUUUACAGAAUGAUCGGCUGGGCUGAUUUCCACUUGACCAAUCAGUUAAUUUUCCAGUUCAUAGCUGCUCUGUACAUGUAAAUGUAUGAAUCUCCACGGUUGCCUUUGAAAGAUGCUCCGUGGCGGUUUAAUUUUAUUCAUUGUAAUUUAACAUCGUCGGUUCUCAGAUCACACAGCUCCUUCACACAGGAAGGUGAUCAUAAUGUGGAUUAAUCUUCCACAUGGUCUCCUAUGCCUCCUCACCUCCAGUGUCGUCUUGUGUCUGAGCAGCAGUUGGAGAAGAGUCUGCAGCAGUUUGGUGAACGAUGGGACCUGAACCCUGGAGACGGAGCUUUCUACGGACCAAAGAUCGACAUCCAGAUUAAAGAUGCGAUUGGCCGACAACACCAGUGUGCCACAAUCCAGCUCGACUUCCAACUGCCCAUCAGAUUCAAUCUUCAGUAUGCCGGACGAGACGGACAGCUGCACAGACCAGUGAUGAUCCACAGAGCUGUACUGGGGUCACUGGAGAGAAUGAUCGCUAUACUGGCUGAAAACUUUGGAGGCAAAUGGCCUCUGUGGUUGUCUCCAGCUCAGAUCAUGGUGAUUCCUGUAGGGGGCAACAGUGAGUCAUACGGCAGACAGGUGGUCGAGCAGUUCCACGAAGCUGGCUUCAUGGUGGAUUUAGACGAUCAGGGGGCAACCUUGAAUAAGAAGAUUCGCUCCGCUCAGCUGGCCCAGUACAACUACAUAUUUGUGGUGGGUGAUAAGGAGCGUGAGAGUGGAGCAGUGAAUGUUAGGAGCAGAGGGGGUAAACAGCUGGGCAGCAGACAGACAGAGGAGGUGCUGAGGUCCCUCAUACAUCUACGAGACACCAGGAGCAACCAAAACGAGUUUUAAUGUGGGAUUGUUUGCUGGAAUAGAUCAUGGCUUCAUUGUCUGUUUUGUUACUUUGCCUUUCUUAUAAAUGUGAAUGCUAUCGAUUAUAAUAAAAGUACAUUAACACUGA